AUGCGGCUAUCUUUGAUUCAACAACACCUCUCAGGGGUACUCCUGCUGCUGCUGUUGUCAAGCUUUCUCAUGUGGGAGAAUGUGGCCUCUGUGCCCAGGUGUAUCGUGAAAGAUGGAGGCUGCCAGAAAGUCCUCAGCUACAUUUUUAACAUGACAAGCAAUGCAUCUGAGGGCAUUGACCACCUCUCUUCAGAAGUGUUAAAUGAAUUUGAUAUGCAGUAUGAUCCACAACAGAAAUUCCAGAACAAGCCAGUCAUGACCUGCCAUACUUCAUCCCACUCUAUCCCAAGCAGCAAAAAGAAGGCUAAAAGAAUGCAGCCUAUAGUCCUUCUAAAUGUGACAAUCAGGAUGCUGGCUGCCUGGAAAAAACUUCUGUACCAUGUAGAAAACAACAUGGCUGAUCUUGAUGGAACUCCUUAUGCUAUCAUAUCAAAAGUUAAACUGAUUGAUACACGAAUCAAAAGACUCACAAAGAAUCUUCAGGACAUUAAGACUAUUCUCAGCCAGGUUCAUCCUGAACUUAAGACAAAUGAGGACUAUCCUUCAUGGUCGGGAGAGCUGUAUGUACAGCGAAUCCAAGGAAGAACUCAACUUUUUGGUUUGCAUAGCUUGUUAUUCUGCUUUAACAAUGAUGCGCAAAAAAUUUCUGAUUAUGUCAAUAUCCUGAGAGACCAAAUUGUGCCUAAUAAAUAA